AAAGAAAGCGAGGCAUACGAGAUAUGUGAAUGGAGAGGCGGGGAGCAAACCUUAUAUAUGAAAGGAGAAGCGAAGAGGUGCGACAAUAGCGCAGUCUGUUGAGAGAGAGGGAGAGACAGAGAGAAGCACGAGUAGGAGAAGGAAGAGCAGCGAUGGGGAGAGACAGAGCCCAUGUCGUCGAGCUUAGUUCCCAGAAUGGCCGCCCCCUUAAAAAUGGAGUCGACGUUGAAUCCCCCGACACUGCACAUCAGAUCAGCACAGAUUCAUGGUUCCAAGUGGGUUUUGUGCUGACGACGGGUAUCAACAGCGCUUAUGUACUGGGAUACUCAGGGACGGUCAUGGUUCCGCUGGGAUGGAUACCUGGUGUAGUUGGUUUAAUCUUGGCAACUGCAAUAUCACUAUAUGCAAAUGCGCUUGUUGCUAGGCUCCAUGAAUACGGAGGAAAAAGGCAUAUCCGUUAUAGAGAUCUUGCCGGAUUUAUAUACGGUAGAACAGCGUAUUCCCUCACCUGGGGGCUACAGUAUGCUAAUCUCUUCAUGAUAAAUACGGGCUAUAUCAUUCUGGCUGGUUCGGCCCUCAAGGCCUUUUAUGUUCUGUUUAGGGAUGACCAUGGGAUGAAGCUUCCAUAUUUUAUCGCCAUAGCUGGUUUUGUGUGUGCAAUGUUUGCCGUAUGCAUUCCCCAUCUUUCGGCUCUUGGAAUUUGGCUGGGAUUUUCGAUGGUCUUCAGCUUGAUAUAUAUUGCUAUAGCAACUUGGCUGUCGCUCAGAGAUGGAAUAAAAUCUCCCGCGAGAGAUUACAGCAUUCCAGGAACAUCAACGAGUAAAAUAUUCACGACGAUUGGGGCGACUGCUAAUCUCGUGUUUUCAUUUAAUACAGGAAUGCUUCCUGAGAUUCAGGCAACAAUCAGGCAGCCAGUUGUGAAGAACAUGAUGUGGGCUCUGUACUUUCAGUUUACUGUUGGAGUUCUACCACUGUAUCUGGUUACUUUUGCAGGCUACUGGGCUUAUGGAUCUUCCACACACAGCUAUUUGCUGAAUAACGUGAAUGGACCUGUCUGGAUGAAGGCCGCCGCCAAUGUCGCAGCCUUUCUUCAGUCGGUCAUUGCAUUGCAUAUAUUUGCAAGUCCUAUGUAUGAGUACGUGGACACCAGGUGUGGCAUCACAGGAAGCGCACUGGCCAUUAAGAAUCUGUCAUUUCGAGUGUUGGUAAGAGGGGGCUACCUGGCCUUCAACACAUUUGUGUCGGCACUUCUGCCCUUCCUCGGAGAUUUCAUGAGCCUCACAGGGGCCAUAAGCACAUUUCCCCUGGCAUUUAUCCUUGCAAACCACAUGUACCUGGUGGCAAUGAAGCACAAACUAACAUCCUCGCAAAAGCUCUGGCACUGGCUCAAUGUUUGGUUCUUUGGCCUCUUGUCUGUCGCCGCAACAGUUGCAGCCCUACGGCUUAUUGCAGUCGACUCCAAAACCUACCAUGUCUUCGCUGAUUUAUGAUUCAUUUCUUUCAUGAUAUUUCAGCAAUUGUAAGGCCCACGAUUUAUGCAUUAACUAUGCUUUCUGUAAAACAAAAAUAAAUUAAAGUCGAGACGCUGAACUCCCUCAAAGCUA